UAAAACCCAGAUUCUCAGAUGAAAGAAAUAAUUCAUUCUUAAGAGAGAGAAAAUUGAAAACUCGUUUUCAUGGUGGAAAAGGAAAAAAAGAUUUUGAUAUAAACCUUAUCUGAUCGUUUGUUUUCUUCAAUGCAUUAACGGGAAUUUGCAGAGAUCAGAUAGCAGAGGUCUUCCUCGUUCAUUUGCUAUUACUCCCCAUUCGCCUUAAAAAAAUUUCGGAAUUCUGCUUCUCUGUGUAAAAUAUUGGGUGAAAGACCAGAAAGAUCGGAGAUUCAAGCGUUUGAUAUUCCGAUUCGGCAACGGAAAUCACUUUCUGGGUGGUGGGUUUUUCUCAGUUUUUUCCACUUACCCUCCUUUCUCUGAGUACUUCUGCGUCACGGUUUUUUGUUCACGUGGUUCAAAUCUAGGUGGUGCGCGCUUUCGUAUCUCACUCGGAUAUUAUCUGAUUGUGAUGAAAUUUUAUUUUUUCAAGAGGUAAAUUCUUAUUUCCGAUCAGAAUUCUGCAUAUCCCCUUUUCAAAUUCUUCUUCUUUCACUGGGAGAAUCUCAUUAGAUUGUAUCAACGUAAGCUCAAGACUACCAUUUAUAUGGAUUAUUGAGUUUGUUUCGGAUAUUGGGGUCGCUUUGGAUUGGGGAAUUGCUGGGUAGCGCGGGGGAGCGAAGGAAGAAAGACAAGUUUGAGUUAGGUCACCCAAAGAAGCGUGUUUGAAUCUCUCGAGUUGUGGCCGAGAAGGUUUUGUACCGUUUUCGAGCUUUUUUGGGGUUUAUUUAAUGCAUUUCCUGUCUCUUUGCGUGCAUUGAUUUCAGGACCUGGGUUAAUUAUUUUCUUUUGGGCAGACUGAGCUGGUUAGUGUUUGGUUUCUGAAUCUACGUGGAAGCAGCAUCAGGAUUUAUGCUGGGUUGAGAAUAUGAGAUGGAGAAGCAAGAGCUGCUUAAGGCUGCCAUAGAUUUCUGACAACUGUUCGUCAAUUGAAUUUUGGUGUUCGACGGUCUUUCUGUACUGGGGCAGAGAUACUCUGAGUUGGAUUGUUUUAUUCUCCAGUUUUGGUUAAUUUGUAGAAUUGCUAUAUGAUUUGUUAAGGGUGGCAAAUGAGCAUAUCAUAAUGAACAAGGCAGUAGGAUUGUGGGUCGAUGGACGCCCCAGACAAGACAUUUUCUGAGUUGGUUGGCAUCGUGAAAUCGUGGAUCCCUUGGCGAUCCGAGCCAGCUAAUGUGUCGAGGGAUUUUUGGAUGCCCGAUCAUAGCUGUAGGGUUUGCUACGAGUGUGAUUCUCAGUUCACUGUUUUCAACCGUAGACACCAUUGUCGUCAUUGCGGUCGAGUUUUCUGCGCCAGGUGCACGUCAAAUUCAGUUCCUGUCCCAUCUGGUGGUGACCCAACGACUGCCCGGGAAGAGUGGGAGAGGAUACGAGUGUGUAAUUACUGUUUCAAGCAAUGGGAGCAGGGCAUACCUACCCCUGAUAAUGGGAUCCAGGUUUCCAACCUGGAUCUUAGUACUUCACCAUCAGCGACAAGUUUGGCCAGCACUAAAUCUAGUGGCACUGCUGACAGUAGUAUCAUUACACUUGGUUCAAUGCCGUACCCAGUUGAUCCUUACCAGCGAGUUCAACACAGUUCAGGUCUCAGCCCACGGCAAUCAUCUUCAAUGGAAUCAACCUCGGACAGGCGAGGCGAGAUAGCAUCAGGAAGGAGCAAUGACAUUGUUUCAGAUGUGGGGAAUCCAAACCAGUAUGGGUUUUCAGUGCACAGGAGUGAUGAUGAUGAUGAUGAGUACAGUGUAUAUCGGUCAGAUUCUAACGCAAGGCAUUUUCCUCAAGUCAAUGAUUACUAUGAUCAAGUUGAGUUUGAUGAUCUGAGCAAUAAUGAUCAAUCACGCAAGUUCCAUCCCGAUGGAGAAAAUAACAGUACAAAAAGUUUAAACAGCUCUCCAUUGCAUCAUAGCUUUGCCUCACAGGGUUUGGAAGGAAUUCCACAGCUAGGAAAAAAAGAUGAACAUGAUACCGGUGAUGAGUGUGAAGCACCUUCCUCUAUAUAUGCUGCACAGCACGUCGAAGCAGAACCCAUGGAUUUUGAGAACAAUGGACUUCUCUGGCUCCCCCCCGAUCCAGAAGAUGAAGAAGAUGAUAGGGAAGCAGGUUUGUUUGAUGAGGAUGAUGAUUAUGGGGAUGCUGCAGGAGAGUGGGGAUAUUUACGCACCUCGAGCAGUUUUGGAAGUGGAGAGUCUCGCAAUAGGGAUAGGUCAAGUGAGGAGCACAAGAAGGCUAUGAAGAAUGUGGUUGAUGGUCAUUUUAGGGCAUUGGUAGCUCAGCUAUUGCAGGUUGAGAACCUUCCCAUAGGUGAUGAAGAUGACAAAGAGAGUUGGUUGGAGAUCAUAACAUCUUUAUCCUGGGAGGCUGCUACACUUUUAAAGCCAGAUAUGAGCAAAGGUGGAGGGAUGGAUCCAGGUGGAUACGUAAAAGUAAAAUGCCUAGCAUCUGGGCGUCGCUGUGAGAGUAUGGUGAUCAAAGGAGUUGUUUGUAAGAAAAAUGUGGCUCACCGGCGAAUGACAUCAAAAAUCGAGAAACCUCGAUUAUUGAUCCUUGAGGGGGCUCUUGAGUACCAGCGGAUUUCUAACCUCCUGUCAAGUUUUGAUACUUUGUUGCAGCAGGAAAUGGACCAUCUAAAGAUGGCAGUGGCAAAGAUAGAUGCCCACCACCCUGAUGUCCUUUUGGUGGAGAAAUCAGUUUCUAGACAUGCACAGGAGUACCUUCUUGCCAAAGACAUAUCACUUGUUCUCAACAUCAAGAGGCCACUUUUGGAACGCAUAGCCCGCUGCACAGGUGCUCAAAUAGUGCCUUCAAUUGAUCAUCUUUCAUCACAGAAGUUGGGCUACUGCGAUGCAUUUCAUGUGGAGAAGUUUCUAGAAGAUCAUGGUUCUGCUGGACAGGGUGGCAAAAAAUCGGUGAAGACACUGAUGUAUUUUGAAGGGUGCCCAAAGCCACUGGGCUGUACUAUUUUACUUAGAGGUGCUAGUGGGGAUGAAUUGAAGAAAGUGAAGCAUGUGGUUCAGUAUGGAAUUUUUGCAGCGUAUCACUUGGCUUUGGAGACUUCUUUCCUUGCCGAUGAAGGAGCCACUCUGCCUGAACUCCCUUUGAAUUCUCCAAUAACCGUUGCACUUCCAGAUAAACCUUCAAGCAUUCAGAGAUCCAUCUCAACAAUACCUGGUUUUAGCCUUUCUGUGGAUGGCAAGUCACUGGGACCCCAUCAUAUUGUUGAACCACAAAGAUCCUACAGUGUCUCUUCAGAUCUGGCCUCUCAAUCCAUAGAGUCCACUACAGAUCUGAUAAAUUCUACACCUUUUUCCUCUUGCGCUUCUUCGGGAAAUAUAAUUCCGGAUUCCUACCUUAACAGACUUUCUCCCUAUUAUAGCUUUGAGGAAAAAAAUAGAAUGCGUUUUAAAGAACCCCUGGUAGCGGAAACUUCUGCAGCCAGCAACACCCCUACUGUCUUUCAGAAUCAUUGCAGUGCUAAUGGUUUUGGGACUUUAGAGACUUUGGGACAGAAUGCCAUAACUAUCACCAGUUCAGAGACAUCAUCCCUGCAAGAAGAUAGUAAAGACCAUUUACAAGAGCGAGGACCUUUGAAAGAAGAUCCUGUGCCUUUAAAAGAAGAGUUUCCUCCAUCACCUUCAGAUCACCAAAGCAUUUUGGUGUCCUUAUCAUCCCGGUGCAUUUGGAAGGGGACUGUUUGUGAAAGGUCCCAUCUCUUUCGAAUCAAAUACUAUGGCAGCUUUGACAAACCUCUUGGUAGGUUUCUUCGAGACCAUUUAUUUGAUCAGAGUUCCCAAUGUCGUUCUUGUGGUAUGCCAACAGAAGCCCAUGUUCACUGCUAUACUCAUAGGCAGGGCACGCUCACCAUAUCUGUUAAGAAGCUAUCAGAAAUUCUCUUACCAGGUGAAAAGGAAGGAAAGAUCUGGAUGUGGCACAGAUGCCUGCGGUGUCCAAGAGCCAGUGGAUUUCCUCCGGCAACUCGGAGAGUAGUGAUGUCUGAUGCUGCCUGGGGUUUAUCUUUUGGGAAAUUUUUGGAGCUCAGUUUCUCAAACCAUGCAGCUGCAAGCAGGGUAGCAAGUUGUGGCCAUUCUUUGCAUAGAGAUUGUCUUCGUUUCUAUGGAUUUGGCAAAAUGGUUGCUUGCUUUCGAUAUGCGUCGAUUGAUGUUCAUUCUGUCUACCUUCCACCAUCCAAACUGGACUUCAACUAUGAAAAUCAGGACUGGAUACAAAAGGAAACGAAAGAGGUGGUUGAUCGAGCUGAGCUUUUAUUUUCUGAAGUACUAAAUGCUCUUUGCCAAAUAGCAGAGAAAAGAUCUUCUGAUGGGCCUCUUAUAAGUGGCACGAAAGCCCCUGAAAUAAGGCGGCGAAUUGCAGAACUGGAAGGAAUGUUACAAAAGGAGAAGGCAGAAUUUGAGGAAUCACUCCAAAAGACUUUGAACAGGGAAAUGAAAAAGGGACAACCUGUUAUUGACAUUUUUGAGAUCAAUCGACUGCGGAGGCAGUUACUUUUUCAAUCUUAUAUGUGGGACCAUCGCCUGAUUUAUGCAGCCAGUUUGGGUCCGAACAGCCUUCAGGAUGGGUUGGGAAGCUCAAGUUCCGAAGAAUUGGGGAAAAUCCUUGGUAAUAAUGAUAAGCCCAUGGAAAUGAAUGUGACCAACAAGCCUGAGAAAGGCUUUCAUAGUUGCGUCUCUCUUUCUUUGGACUUGAAUCUUGAUAAAAGCCCUGAGCAGAGCGGAGGAUAUGGUAGUGACACUAACCAAUCUGAUGCAGUUCUUCAAGAAAAAUACGUGGAUCAGGAUCAAUCAGGCCCUUUGAAAUCAAACUUAAAUGUUCGUAGGGCCCUCUCUGAGGGGGAGUUCCCUAUCAUGGCAAAUCUGUCAGAUACCCUUGAUGCUGCAUGGACGGGUGAAAAUCACACUGGAAUUGCAAUACCCAUGGAUAAUACCAAUGCACUUCCUGAUAUGUCUAUGGCAGAAGCUUUAAGCACACCUGAACUGUUGGAGGGAUUUGAGUUGGAGAACCGAGCAGAAGAGCAAAAUGACACCAAGGUUUCCCUUCUUUCAUCAGCAGUGACCACCAAGAACCCUGAUGGCAUAGAAGACUCUGUAAGCUGGUUACGAAUGCCUUUCUUGAACUUCUACAGAUCAUUCAACAAAAACUUUUUAGCUAGUGCUCAAAAGUUGGAUGCACUGAGUGAGUAUAAUCCAGUCUACAUUUCAUCCUUUAGGAAGUUGGAACUUCAGGAUGGAGCUAGGCUGCUUCUUCCUGUAGGUGUUAAUGAUACUGUCAUUCCUGUGUAUGAUGAUGAACCAACAAGUAUUAUAUCUUAUGCUCUAGCAUCACCAGAAUGUCAAUUGCAAUUGACUGAUGAGGGUGAAAGACCUGGAGUGGAUUUUUUGGCUUCCUUGCCACUUUCUGAUUCAGUGAAUUCCCAAUCAUUUCAUUCUGCUGAUGACAUGGGCUCUGAAUAUCAUAGAAGUCUUGGGUCCUCAGAUGAUAUCUUUUUAUCUCUGUCUGGAUCUCGUACGUCUCUGGUUCUAGACCCACUCUCAUAUACAAAGGCAUUGCAUGCCAGAGUUUCUUUUGGAGAUGAUAGCCCACUCGGUAAGGUGAAAUAUUCUGUCACUUGUUACUUUGCAAAGCGAUUUGAAGCCUUGAGGAAGAUCUGUUGUCCUUCUGAGCUUGAUUUCAUAAGGUCUCUCAGUCGUUGUAAAAAGUGGGGUGCCAAGGGUGGCAAAAGCAAUGUAUUCUUUGCAAAAACAUUGGAUGAUAGAUUUAUCAUUAAACAAGUAACAAAAACAGAGUUGGAAUCGUUCAUAAAAUUUGCUCCCGCAUACUUCAAAUACCUAUCUGAUUCAAUUAACACAGGAAGUCCAACAUGCCUGGCAAAGAUUCUAGGGAUCUAUCAGGUAACAUCUAAGCAUCUUAAAGGAGGGAAAGAAUCAAAGAUGGAUGUUCUGGUUAUGGAGAAUCUUCUAUUUGGUAGGAACUUGACACGGCUUUAUGAUCUUAAAGGAUCUUCUCGAUCGCGGUAUAAUCCUGAUUGUAGUGGUAGCAACAAAGUUCUGCUGGAUCAGAACUUGAUCGAAGCAAUGCCAACUUCUCCUAUUUUUGUGGGAAACAAAGCAAAGCGAUUGUUGGAGAGAGCUGUUUGGAACGAUACCUCGUUUCUUGCGUCAAUCGAUGUAAUGGAUUAUUCUUUACUGGUUGGGGUGGAUGAAGAGAAGCAUGAGUUAGUUCUUGGGAUCAUUGAUUUCAUGAGGCAGUAUACAUGGGACAAGCAUCUCGAAACAUGGGUUAAAGCUUCAGGCAUCCUUGGCGGGCCAAAAAACGCAUCUCCAACUGUAAUUUCCCCCAAGCAAUACAAGAAAAGGUUCAGGAAAGCGAUGACUACGUAUUUUUUGAUGGUCCCAGAUCAAUGGUCCCCGCCAUCUAUUAUCCCAAGUAAAUCCCAGUCUGAAUUAUGUGAAGACAACAACACACAAGCUGGGACAUUGGUUGAAUGAUGCUUACUGCGAGUCUUUCUGCUUGUACACUUAGCAUGUGAUUUGGAAUUACUCCUCUCACAUGCUCUUUUUUCCCUCUUUCAUAAGUUUUUCCUUUUCAUAGCUCAUUUUUUUUUUUUUUUUAACGAGAAAUUCAUAAAUAUUUUUUAGAAGAUGUAGAAGUAGGCCGUUUGAACCGGUGGGGGGAGAUUUCUGUCAGGGGUAUAAUAUUGGAUGACCUCUCCAUGAAAUCUUUGUACAAAAUACCUAUUCAUGUAUUUAGCAAUUACAACGUGUAUACAUAUCAUCUCAUUCUCAGAA